AUGGCGUUGUCACAGGGUCGCGACCGGCUAGAGGUUAUGGUUCUCGAGGCCCAGGAUCUUCUGGCAGUUCAAGGGGGGGCAGCCAACCCGUACGUCUCGGUCGAGGUUGGAGACGAAAAGCGAAGGACGGCCGUCGAAACCGGCACGGUAAACCCCGCGUGGGAUGAGGAGAUUAUGGUCUUCAGCGAGACCAGCCUAUGUAACAUGGAGCACCUCGUUUUGAUGGUGAAGCACCACGAUCCGGUGGGGAGCCACAGCGACCGAGUGCUCGGCAUGGUUAUCGUAGACACGGCCACGGCCCUACAGGCACCCGGAAUCUCGACGCAGGAGUGGUUCCCCGUUCGGAAGGGGCCCGGGAUGAAGGCCGGGCAUGUUCCUCAGGGCAAAGUCCACGUCAAGGUCACGUACUUCGUGGGUAGUAGCAGCUUAGACGACAUGGAGAGGAUCGAUGUGGACGACGACGAUGGCGAUGACAACGACGAUUUUAGCGCCAAGGCGCCGAACGUGGUGGCGGUGCUGGUGGAAGCCGCGCGCAACCUCCGGCCCCCCGGGUCCAAGUCCAAGGGGCUCUGCGACCCCCUGGUGGUGGUGAGGUGCGGGGGUAAGGCCAAGCAGUGCAAGGCGCUUAGGAGAACCAACAACCCGAAGUGGCACUUCCAGGCCCAAAUAGGGAACGUCGACCCGCAGGAGCUCCUGCUCAUCGAGGUGAUGCAUAGCGGGACCAUGUCAAACAAGCUUAUCGGGCAGGCGAGGCUGACCAUGGUCGAGAUCGCGCAGGCCGGAGAGAGCCUCACGCGCUGGCUCCCGUUGCUAGACGAUGGCUGGGGCUUUGACGCGGUGGGGAGGGGGGAGGUCGUGGUAAACGCACGCUGGCACUUCGACAAGCACUACACCCGGAGACAGUCGACCAUCCUCCCUAGCGCCUCGACGUUCAUGGGGGGCGUCGCGAAAAAGCGAGAGCGGGAGAGAAAGGCCCUAGAGAGCAUGGUGGGUGAAUUCGAGUACGAGGACGACAACGAUGAGGAAGACCACAAGAGGAGCGAGACGGCGAAGGCGUCGGCCCGCGGGGCCGAGGACGAGGUGGACGAGUUCGAGGAAGAGGAGAGGGCAAGGGAGACCCAGGCCUUGGCCGCUAGGGCGGAGUUCGAAGACCGACUGGCGGCAGUCAGGCCGGGCGACUACCAGUUGCAGAUCCACGUGAUCGAGGUAUCUGACCUCAAGGGAAAGGACUCCUCGGGCACCAGCGACCCCAUUGUCCACGCCUCCUGCCUGGGGACGACCAAACACACACGGGUCCGCAAGGGGGUGAAUUCGGCGGUCUUCGACGAGGUGCUCUACUUCAACCUCCCCAACCUAUCCAGGGACCAGCUGAUGCAGGCUACGGUAAACUUGCGGGUCCUCGACGCCAACACUUUCCUCCGAGACUCACUCAUCGGCAGCUACCAGUUCGACCUCCUCGGGAUCUACGUGGAAAAGGGCCACGAAGUGUAUCGCGUGUGGGUCGCGCUGCGGGACGCGGAGAGCGGGGAGGGAAGCAGCGUCCAGGGUUUCCUAAAGCUGAGCGUUACCGUCCUCGGGCCGGGCGACCGGCAGAGGGUGCACGACAUGGUCGAGGAGAUGCAGGAGGAGUUGGCGAAAGAGGCGGAGACCGGGGGUGGGGGCAGGGGAGGGCUUGUUCUCAUGGGCCCGGCCCUGAUCCCCCAGGAACUUCGAUUUCUGGUGGUGUACGUGUUCUCGGCGCAAGGGCUGCCUGGCUUUUCUUCGGUCGGCAUUCCGUCGGUGAACGCUCUUGUUCAGGUGGACUUCGCCGGUAACCCUCCCCUUCGCAGCACAGCGGUAAAAGCCAAAGGGCGCGACGGGUUGUCCCCGGGAUGGGCACAGGAGUUGUGGUUGCCGGUCAUGGUGCCCACCCACUCCACCUCCAUCGAUUUGUCGAUGUGGCACAAAGAGAUGACGGGGAGAGAGAUCAUCGCUCACGCGUACUUCGACUUCAACGCCAUCGCCGCGACGCCCCCUGCGAAGAACGCUGGCGAGGGGGAGAAAAAGCGAGGGCUGUUCGGACGUCGCGUGAAGCAGUACCCGGGGCCACCCCCCCAGUGGAUCAACCUGUACGGGGCUCCCGCCGGCAAAAGCAAGGGGAGGGAAGCGGAGAUAAUGAACCGUUACCCGAGCAGAGGGUCCGCCUACCGUGGCAGACUGCUGGUGGCGAUGAGAGUGGAGCCCCGGCCCCCGUCAAAGCUGGGAAACAGAGGGAAGCGAAGCGCCAUGGAUUUCGAGUUGCCUCCUGAGACGAUCAUGCCAGAAACCGCCAAGUACACUCUGCGCGCUUUGGUUCUUCAGGGGUCAGAUAUCCCCGUCUUCAAGUUCCCCAACGCUCAGGGCGCGUCCAAGAUGAGAGUCGUGGUGACGCUAGGACAGGCCAAGCUUGAGUUCCGGGCGAGGAGUAACCGCAAGGGCAUCGUGGAGUGGAAUGAGGGAGACGAGUUGCACAUGCUGGAGCUUCCUGCUGACCCCGCGCAAAUUCCAGACAUCUUCGUGUACCUGGUCCGAGAUAUGCCGGAGUCCCGUGUGAGCUACGCCCGAAUACCAGCCGUCGAAGUUAUGUCGAAGCGAUUUCGGGGAGAUCCCCACUGGCAAGAAUUAGUCGCGGACAGGACGCGGCAGGGGCUGUGGGCCGUAGGGUCGGACAAUUUCCCAGGAUCGUUACUGAUUCGGCUGGGGCUCGGGAGGGAUGCCGUGGCCCGGCAUAACCCUUGGGAAGAGAUGUUAAUGCUUUCUCAGGAAGACGACGGCGAGACGCCGGCGGACACCACGGCAACGGCGGCUGGAACGGUGGCGCGGGGAGUGCUAGGGCAUAAGAAGCCUUACUGUCUCAGGGUGCACGUGUUUCAGUGCCGGGACCUGCCCAGCUCGGAAGCAAGCGGGCUUCUCGACCCUUACAUCAAGGUGCGAUUCAUGGGCCGCAAGCAGAAGACUAAGCACGAGGGCAGCACGGCAGACCCUUGCUUCUACCAGACCGUGGAGUUCCACGAGAUGCUCCCCGGGGACCUGAGGUUCGCUCCGGAGAUAAGGGUUGAGGUCUGGGACAAGGAUGUGCUGGGGAGCAAUACCCACGUCGCCGGAUGCCGCUUUCCCAUGUCGGUGGCAACGUUCUCUAGCGGGAGCAGUGCUCACGUCCCCACGCCCCAGUGGUACCAGCUUCGCGACACGAACGGGCAACCCGGAGUAGGCGAGGCGCUCAUUUCCUUACAGCUCAUGCCAAAACGCACGGUGCACGACAAGUUCCCAAAGGCCCCGGACAUAACCCCGACGUUUCGCACGGCCUACCUUGAGGUCGUCACGGUCGGCGUGCGGGACCUCAAGCCCUUUGGCUUCCAGGCGGUCGCGCAGCCGUACGUGCAGUUCGAGAUGACCUCGGGCGGUGAGAGGGUCAGCUUCACAACUCAUGCUUCGAAGUUCCCCUCCGGCAAGAACGCCAACUUCGCGGAGAGGAAGGUCCGCACGGUCCUCCUUCCGGAGGACCCGCUUUUCGCGCCGCAGCUCUGUAUCCGGGUACUGGACAAGCGAAUGUCCGGCUUGAACAACCCCGUGGUGGGCACCUGUAGCGUGGCCGUCGCGACGAAGAUGCCCUGGAACGACGCGGGGUACUCCCCCCCUCAGUCUCAAUCGUUCAGCAGUCGAAAAGACAGGGCCGACGACGGCGGGCGCGGCAAUAACAAAAUGGACAGCGGUACGCACUCGCCACGCCGGACACGGAAGCGACCGGCGAGAGCUAGGGGUAGCCCGGACGACCGAAAGACUGGCGGGAGCCGCAGAAUCAACAACGACAAGGCCCACAACAACGAUGUCGGGAGCGAGGAAGUGGAGGAGGAGGAGGAGGGGAGGGACGACGAGACGAAGCACAGCAGCAGACGCCCUCCUCGCCAGGGCAGAUGUCGGCAACAACCUUCCGACACCCAAACCCGUGCAACCGACGGCACCGUCACCGCUGACGACCACAAGAGCGUUCCCACGCCGACGCGGAGACCCCGCGGUGGCGAGAGAGCGGCAGCAUCAGCAACGGCAGGGGUCGGUGCUGAGGCCACCGAUCCCACCGAGGUUGCCCAAAGGAGCACCGAGGGAGGCGCCUCAGCGGUGACAGCAGACGCCGCCGCAGACGCCGCAGACGCCACCGCAGCAGCGGAAGCGAGGAGCUUGGCCAGGCCUCCGAACUUCGGUGUUGGAGCUGUGGAUGCCGCUGCUGCUGACGGAGGCGGCGGCGGCGGCGGUAGUCGAGGCGGAGGCAGAAUAGGAGGGGGCGACAGGGGUUCGGGGCUGGAGUUGCCCCCCAUCGAAGAAGACCAGGUAUACCGUCGGGAAAUGGCGAGGAGGAGGGUCAGCGGUGACGAGAGAGCAGCAGCAGGAGACCCUGGUAAAAGAGGGGGCGUCGAGAGGCCCGCUGGCCACGCGCCGGCGUGGUACGAGCAGCUCAUCAAAGGAGGAGGGAAAGCGUUGGGAGCGAUCGACGCAGAAGAAGAAGAUAGGUGGACUCUCGAAGAACUCAACAUCGACUUCCCCAACGAAUGGGCUAGCAACGAAUUCCUGGAGGGUCGUAAUUGGUGGCUGAAGAGGGACGGCGGCGGUAACGAGAUUGAGAACUUUCUGAAAAACGCUCCUUUCGAGAACUACCCCCUCUUCCUCGGGGCUGAGAAGCUCAAGGGCGGAGUCCGGCUGUUCCGCCAAACAUCCCGGCGAAAGGUUGGUCUGCUGAAGGGGCUCGUUGCGGUCUCCGAAUCCCCGCCCGAUCCCGAGUCUAGCGAGUUCGUCGACAUGCGGCUGCUGAGGGCCCCCAAGAGUUAUGCUUGUCGGCUGUACGUGGUCAAGGGGUUGCACCUCCAGCCGAAGGACAUGAACGGUCUCGCCGACCCCUAUCUCCGUUGCAAGGUCGGGAAACUGCGGUUUGACGAUAGCAAAGAUAAAAGCAACAUCCAGAUGGCCACCCUCAAUCCAGAGUUCUUCCGAGUGUUUGAGUUCGAGGUGACCAUGCCCGGGGAGUCGCAGCUCAAGCUCAAGUUGUACGACUACGACCGCUUCGGCGCGGACGAGCUGAUCGGCGAGACCGUGAUAGACCUCGAGGAUCGGUGGUUCAGCCGGGGAUGGCACGACCUGGAGAGCCAGGACCUCGUUGCCUCGGAGCGGAGGGGCAUCGACGGCCCCUACAAGCCGCUCGAGCUGCGGGACCUGUCCGUGCCCACGAGCGCGAACCCGCAGGGGCAGGUGAUGAUGUGGCUUGAUAUCCUGACCCUGCCGCAAGCCCGCCGCUAUCCGCCAGUCACCAUGGAGCCGCCUUCGCCCCUUAAGGUGGAAGUCAGGGUGGUGGUCUGGAGGAGCGAGGAUGUGGUCGCCUGUAACGACUUCUCUGGCCUGAGGGACCUAUACUGCCGAAUGUGGAUGGAGACAGACUCCAAGAAGAAGAGAGACACGGACACGCAUUGGCGGUGCAAGAACGGGAAGGGGUCAUGGAAUUACCGCCUGAAGUUCGAUGUGGACCUCCCGCUCAAGAGCCCAGAGCAUGGCCGAAUGGUGCUGCAGAUGUGGGAUCGCGACGUGCUCUCGGCGAACGACAUCAUCGCCGAGACGUCCAUCGACCUCUACCGCUGGUUUCUCAAGGCCGAGGUAUUGGCCUCGGAGGGGUGGAAGGGGCGAAGAGGAAGGCCGGCCCAAGUAACAGGCGCGGUGAUCGCCGGUACGUACGUGGGAGUGCAGCAGGCUGCGAUGAUGCGGAGACCGGAGGUUGACGAGACGGACGAGGUCGUCAGCACCAUAAAGGAAUGGUUUGGCGUCGGAAAAGCACCAGCGGACGCUCAGUGGCUGGAGUUGACGAGGCGCGAUCCGGAGGCAGGAACCGUCGAGAGAAUGGGCAAGGUGCUCAUCUCUCUGGAGCUCCUCCCCAAGGAGACUGCGGAUGCCCAGCCGGUUGGGGCCGGGAGAAACGAUCCCAACCAGAACCCGUACCUGCCCCCGCCCGCCGGACGCAUGAAGUUUUCCUUCAACCCCUUCCGCCUCUCGAUGUCACUCCUCGGACCAAAGGCCUUCUACAAGGUGGUCUGCUGCUGCCUCUGCGUCAUCCUCGCCGCCUUCAUCGCGGUAGCGGGAAACUACAUAACAACUUUUGAGAGUAUUUUCUGA